AGUAGAUGGGCGUGACUUAGGUUCUUUAUAAUCAAACUCCGUUUUCCAUAUGACAUUGCUGCAGCUGGAGUGUUUGUCAUCGUUUCUGUUGUAACUACGGACCUCGUUUGGUUCGUUUUCAAACGAGCCUAUCAAGCGAACGCUAGUUUCUGACAAACAGAUUGAUUGCUAGCUUCUGGAUGCUUGUUUAGCUGUUAGCGUUAGCAUAAUCGUUAUUCCACGAUGUCAACCGAGGUCGAGCCCACCCCCUCCAAAUCCACGCAGAUAUUUAAGAGCUGCUGGAGCUGCAGAAUCAUCUCCGGUGGAGGUCUGUUCCUGUCCGGAGCAUAUGUGUACUUUGCAGCUCGCAAUGUGAUGCGGCAACAAGGUGGUCCUGCCUCCAUGGGAAUGGUGGCGCAGUUUACAUUGGCAGCAUGUUUGGCUGCUUGGGGAAUUGUUAUAAUCGCCGAUCCAGUUGGAAAAGCCCAGAGGAAAGCGUGAUGAACGAGGAGAAUAUGUUUGUCUAAAGCAAGAACAUGUUUUCAUUUACUGGACCUCCUGUUGCACAGGUGGGGCUGCUUUCAUGUGAAGUGAAAUUAAAUAACAUUUGCAAUGUA